GUCAUGUCAUUGGUCAAUCGAAAUUGAAUCGAGAAAUAGUCGUUCCUCCGUUCGGUCGAUGAAUAUUUAUUAUUUGUUUUUUACUCGUUCGUGAAUACUAAACAAGGUUCGAUGUGUGGGCAACGAUGAGAUAAUAAUUAUACAGUUACAAGUGCUUCUUUGUUUAGAAACUUUUUGUGCUUAUUUGUGUGCGAUCAAAUGGCUUCAACGCCAGUGCAAGUGAACGGUAAUGCGAAUAAAAACAGUCCCCUGGGAAAGCGGAAAAAAUCUCGAGGAAGCAAAGGUUCAUAUUUAUCUAAAUGGCUGGACAAAACUAUGUGCCAUAUACAGGAGUCUACUCCCAGUAUGGAUACGUAUGAUUCUUUUAUGACACCGAAUAUGAAUUGGGGUUCUCAGUUCGCGCCGGGUUACGACCCGUGUAGGUUUAACAUGUUCGGUUACGCGGAGCCAAUGUCGCUGCCUACGCCGCCUACCUACUGCAGUCCUGCGAUGCCGCUGUAUCCUCCCGAGUACCGUUACGUCCAGAGUGUCAACAAGAGUGUGCAGGUGCAGAGGCCGCGGCCGCGCCGUCGCAGCGACAAGCCUGAGGAUUGCAGCACGCCGAACAGCACCCCAUUAAACACUAAUUACUUCCAACCAAAGAAUUGCUCAGACAGCCAAGACUUCGCUAGCUUACCGCCUAUAGUUACGUCAGUUGGCGACACGAAUUCCAAUAGUGAUAUGAAUACCAAUGAGAAAGACGAGUGUGCGCGGAGAUACAGCGAUCCUUGCGUGCAAGGACUGCCUGAUAUAGCCAGGCCGGCUAACGGAGAGGUGGACUCGGUAUCGGAAGACAGCUCGGGGUUGUCAGGGAGUCAGGUUGGCAGUAGACUGUUGACGUACCUCUUGGAUCAGAUAACGAGUUUGAAGAUGACCAAUGAAAGACUGAAUAAAGACUUACAAGAAACUAGAGCGGAACUAAGCAGCCUGCGAACACAACACAGUAUCUGGCAAAAAGGAUCGAGUUCCAGUAUUGGUGGCAAUAAUGGUCUAGUAGGCGGUCAAUACUCACCCGGCUACGUGACCGACCUAGUCCGCGAGAUCAGAGACUCCGCGCGGAUACGGGAAGAGGCCCUGUACGCGCGAGUCCGUGCCAUGCUGCUGGAGAGAGAUAACGGAUUGGCAUCACCGGAAACGAAGUUCAGUGAGAAAACUCUUGAAGAAAUCAAGAGUUCACUUCGCGCUUCGGAGGCCGACAAGAGGCGAAUGAUGGACCGUGUUUCAAAACUUGAGGACGAGCUACGACUUCUCAGAGUCUCCACGAGUCUCGACUCGAGCGAGAACGGCAUCACGAACGGCACCGAGGACGCGGAGACGGAGCGACUUCGGCUGCGAAAGGAGCUCGCCAGCAUGAAGAAGGCCAAGCAGAACGCGGAGGAACACGCUUUCAAACUGGAGCGGCUAGUGACCCAGCUGCGUUCCAAAUUCAAUGGUCUCCAAACAUCGCCGAACGGUCCCGAGUCCCUCCCGAGCGAGACCGAACAAGACCCGAGCCGCGCACGCCGAACUAGCGUCAACUCGAAUACUACCGUCGUGUUUGGCCCCGUGACCGACUUGUAGCGAACACUCGCUAGCGACGUCUGUGUUCUAGCCACGGACGUGCUCUGCUCUGUGUUGGAUAAAAUAUACUAAACUACUGUUUUGAACGAGUGAAGCCGAACAGGACCCGAGCGCAAGCGUCAACUUCAACACUACCGUCGUGUUCGGCCCCGUCACAGACUUGUAGUGAACACUCGCUAGCGACGUCUGGGUUCUAGCCACCGACGUGUUAUGGUCUGUAUUAUUUAAAAUAUGUAUAUUGAAUAGAUACUAAACUGUACUUCAACGAGUGAAACCGAACAGGACCCAAGCACCAGCGUCAACUCCAAUACUACUGUCGUGUUCCGCUCCGUCACAGACUUGUAGUGAACACUCGCUAGCGACGUCUGUGUGUCACGGACGUGCUCUGCUCUGUAUUGGAUAAGAUACACUUAACAGAUACUAUACUAUAUUCUACGAGUGAAAUAGAACAAGACUCGAGCCGCAUCAGCGUCAACUUCAACACUACCAUCGUGUUCGGCCCCAUCACAGACUUGUAGUGAACACUCGCUAGCGACGUCUGGGUUUUAGUCGUGUUUAUGCUUUGCUCUGUAUUGGAUAAACUAUACUGUAUUCAACGGUCUAUACUGUAUUCAAAAGAUGCCCGAAUCCGUCUGGAGAAACGGGAAAAGUGCUUAAAAUAUAUCAGUACGAAAUAUAAACUACAUAUAAUCCUUUAACCUGUAAUGGGUAUACUAUUUUCAUGAUACAGUUCAAAACCUAAGAAAAAUUUAACUGUUUCAUAUUAUGUAUAUUAAUACAAUAAUUAUUUUCCAAAUCAGAGCAAGUCACAAUUAAAUGUUAUCUUUUUGACUUUACCGUUCAAAAAUAAUAUCUAUUAGUAAUCAUGUUAAAAUUGAUAUUAAUAAUGUUAAAACUCAAUAAUCGAAUUUAAAGUUACAAUCAUUGCUUGCAUAUCCAUAUUUGUAAUGGACAAUAAUGUAAUUAAUAAUAAAUUGAGUGUGGUGCUUGUCUAACAUAUUAAACUGUUGUGUUCUUUAAUUUGUUUGGUAAAUAAUAGCAUUAUUUGAUGUGUGUAUAGAAUAUUACUUACUGACACUUUGUGCGCAAUUCCGUAUUGACUUUUACAAUUUUCACAUAUAACACUUUAUUAUAAAUACUUAUUUAUUCAGUUAAUAAUUAUUUGAAUGAUAUUGAUCCUCUUUAUUGGUGCUUUUCAUAAACGAAAGUUACUAAAUACCUACAUAUACAGUUUAAUACAGAUAAGAAUUAUGACAGUGGGAAAUAGUUGAAACAUAUUUCGGCCUAACUUUAAUUUUGCUAAUGACACCUUUUAUGUAUAUAAGAAAAGUGUUGUAUUCUUAUGCUUGUCAUAAAUCAAACCUACUUAACCUAACCUACAACUUCGGAAAAUGAUAAACAGCUAAUGUAGGGUAAGUCGCCAGUAACUGGCCACUGUUAGUAAUUUGCCACCCUAAACUAAACAGUAUUCUAUUCACCUAUCAACAGAAUUCAUUUUAGUGUAAGGUGGCUAGUUAUUGAAGGCUGACCAGUUAUUGAAACCUUAUACUAAAAUGAAUUCUGUUUAUAGGUGAAUAGAAUUCAUUUUUCGUUUACAUUGGCCAAUCACUAACAGUGGCCAGUUACUGGCGAAUUACCCUAUAUAGGUUUUAUGUAAAAUCAUAACCAUAGCCUAUGGCCGAAAGAUUUGAUAAAUACUUUAAAAUUAGUAGUGUAAACAUAUUCACUACAUUGUAUAUGGUCACACAUUUUUGUAGAAGAUUAUUGAAAUGUAACUUGUUUUAUUACCUGUUUAUGUUUUCAUCGUAUCAUAUCUAAACCAUCCAUCCAUCGUAGGCCACGUCUAAGCCUCAGCUAGUCUGUGGCCAUGAGUAAGCUUAUUCAUAAUAAAAAAAAUAUAUCUAAACUACUAAUUGAUUGAUUAUCAGAAUAUGCUGGUUUACUUUUACAAAGUUCUAAAUAUAUGCAGCUACUUAACAACAAAGAACCUUGUGCGCGUAUGUUUGUCUUGCUCGGCUAAAUUGAUGUUUGUUGCUAUUAGUUAUAACCAUAUUGAGUGAAUGGCAAUGUCAGUUGUGCUCAACUAUUUGUUGUAAUGAUUAAGCUAUAAUUGAAUGUGUUGUCGAAAAAUUAUAAUCAUUAUAGCGAAUUUUAUUCAAUGUUUAAUUUUAAUUUUGUGGUCUCAAAAUGUCUUGAACAAAUUAUACGAUUUUAUUAAUUAUGUCUUAGAACUUCUUUUAUGCAUGGGUGUAUUUUAAAAUAAAGUUUAAUUUGUAUUAAUCUAGCUCAUUUUUGUGAUGGUUGUUCGUUUUUAAUAACAUUUACCUAAUUAUUUUAAUUUUAAAGCGUGCUCUCUAUAAUCUAACAGAUUAUUAGUAGAAAAGUGUGUGUGGGUGAAACUAAUUCAAUCAAAAAUAUAAAUAAAAUAAAAUAUCAUAGUGGUGUAAUACAAGUAUAGCAACUGCAAGGACUACUCUAUUUUUAUAUGGUAAUAUAAUUACUUUUUAAUUUGCCAUAGAAUACUCUGAAAUAACUAGUAAAAGUAGCAAAAUGUAGACUCUUAAAAUUAAAAUAAAAAAAUAGAAAUACCUAUCUAAAUCACAUACAUAUACUUAUAGCAAAAAUAAGCAUAAAGAGAUCUAAUUUAACGGUCGCAUAUUUCUUGUAAAUUCGGGCUUUCUAAAUUAUCUGACGAAUUUUUUACAUUUCACUUCAGAUAUUUUUGAGUGGCUCCGAUCUGACAAAGACUGUACCUACUUGCAAUAAUUAUUAUCCUCCUAAGGCCCACCCAUACAAAUGAAAAAUCCGGAAUUUGCCACUGAAAUUUGAACCUUUAGCGCAGGGAAUAGAGUUGAUUUUGGUUUUGUUUGAACAUUGAACGAAACAAAACAAAUGCGACUGUUUCAAUUAAAUAUGAUUUAAAUUUCAUCGUACUGAAUAAGUACUAUAGGUAGGACCUCGGGCCUUAGGAGGUUAUUACACAUUUAUUUACAUACUUAAUUAUCACUAGCAUAGAAUAUUUGUACAAUAGAUGCACUUAAAACCCUCUACUUAAUAAAAUAACACAUUGUUAAAGCGUAGUGAUUCAAGGUGCAUUGGGAUUAUUCCUAAAAAACAGUGAGAUUGGCAAAUAAGUUGGCCCAAAAUUCAUAAUGCUUUUAUUGAUGAACAAAUUGAACAUGCCAAAUAUAGGGUAAUUCGCCAGUAACUGGCCGGUUUUAGUAACUUGCCGUCCUAAACCAAAAAUUAAUUCUAUUCACCUAUAAACAUAAUUCAUUUUAGUGCAAGGCGGCUGGUUAUUGAAGGCUGACCAGUUAUUGAAACCUUAUACUAAAAUUAACUCUGUUUAUAGGUGAAUACAAUUCAUUUGGUGGCCUAUUACUAAAACCGGCCAGUUACUGGCGAAUUACCCUAGUAAGAAAUUUGCGCAAAUGCCAACGGCCAACCCACAUCUAUCAGGACACAGUUAAUUAAUUACCUAUAUGAUUAUUACUAUCGGUAUUAUGCUUCAUUCAGAAUUAACCCAACGCACCUUCCUGGUAAAGUAAGUUUUUGCACUUUUUGAUUUUAAAUAGAUCCUCAACUAACCACCGACAUCACACGUAGUAUAGACUGAUAUAUUAAUUUAUUCUUACAAAUAAGUAACAUACCAAAUUGGAGAUUAAGAUAAUUAAUACGAUGAUCGUCAUAAUUUAUUAACGCUUCAUGUAUAAAAACGCUGCCGUAGGUUUAAACUUUAAAGGCCAAGCCACACCGGCUUGCGUGUGCGUGACGUGCGCGUGUGCGUGCGCUAAUAUGUUGGAACCGCACACGCACACGUCACGCAAGCGGUGUGCCAUCUCACAAGGAUCUGUAUACUACAACGCCGCACGCGCAGGCCUUAAAAGGACGAUGUUAUUGUAGAAAUGAAUAUAAAUGACGUAUGUUAUUGUAUGUAUUAUGUCAAUUGUGGCUUCCAUCAGACAAGGGUCCUUAGCUCCAUAGUCAUAAGGGCCCUUAUGCUACAUGUGCAUAAGGAACCCUUCCCUGUGGAAAGCCACAUUUAGUGUACGAUUUUUUUUUCAAGUGACUAAUCCUCAAUUAUUUGCUGCUAAUCAAUGCAAAUAUAAUACUUUAUAUGUAUAUUAAAAAAUGAAUAAUAUGAAUAACAGUUGAAAGUUUUAGAAUAGAAUACUGGUGCCUUAUAAGUAAUCUGUCCGCCCAUUAUUAUGUCCAGAGGGCUCAUCGCAACAAUCGAAAAUAUAAACUUAAAUAUCUGCCUGAACUAAAUCCUAAAUAAAUCUGCCUCUCACUCGAAUACGUAAGAGUGAUAGAGAGAUAUAUCACGAAAUUUAUAUUUUUCGAUUUUUGUGGUAUGUCCUCAGCUACAAAAACUGUGCCAACAGUCUGGAGGUCUAUUUUAAAACAAGUUAACCCUUUAAAUGCCGAGAACCCUUGCGUCCUGAACCUGUCAUGCUUUCAAGGAAGUUUUAAUUUUGCUAUCUCGUAUUGUAUUAAUGAUGUUGGUGUGUGCGUGACAAUAUAAUUAUCUUGCGAUAAUUAACUACGCCGUUAAAGUUAUUGGGUUUAAAGGGUUACAUUUUCGCUCAAUGUUUCAUAAAUAUGACAGUUAUAAAUGUAUAAAAUGGUCUGGUUUUAGUUUUUUGGAUAUUUUUUAUAUAUUUUAGUAAUUGAUUACCUACUCAACUAAUAAUAUACAUUUUUGUUUUGGUGAAAUUAUGAGUAAAGUCUGCAGCGAUUUUGAUAGCCCGCGCAGUGGCAAAUUAUGACGUAUAAAUAACACUUGCACUGCGAGGGCUAUCAAAAUCGCUGCUGACUUUUCUGGAUCUAACUCUAAAGAUAAACUAUUUGAGCGAUAUUUCAUUUUGUCGUUGCACAUAUAAAAACUCCUUUUCGACGAUUCUACUUGACGCCAUGCAAUUCAAAGAAAAUGUUCGUACGUACGCACGAUAAAAUUAUUGCUAAGUAAGUAUAUGAAGUUUUUAGCAAAACAUUUCAUUUUUGGGACAAGCUUUUAUCGCUGACUGUACUUUUCUUACGACAGACAACUAAUACUCAUCGAGACGAUUCUAAAAACCCCUAACAUAAUUAGAUUGCGUCGUUCCAUCACAGAGUUCCUAUGGCCACCUCCUGUCUCCAUAAUCAGAUCAUCUCGAUGGAACCAUAAUAUGGCAUUGUCAUCCGAUUUAUACAUGCAUGCAAAAUUUCAGCUUAAUCGGAAACCGGGAAGUGCAUCAAAUUUAAUUUGCAAGAUUUGAUUACAGACACAACGGUCAGGUGACUAAAUAAAAGCUUGUAAAAAAAUCGUAUCUAAGUUGUAUGGUAGUCGAUCGAAAUAGGUAAACUGUUUGUAAAUUAGACUGUCAAUUUUGUGAUGUUAACAUUAACUGUGUAAUACUCCUAUUAACUUUAUUUGUAUACGAGCCUUUGUUAAAUACGACCGGGAUUGGUGGACGGAAAGGGUUAAAUAAAUUAUUGCCUUUA